GUUAGCCAAACGGUAACUGGCGGUGGUCCUCCGCCCCGGGCAGCCAGCUCGGCCCCAUCUACUCUGGGAAGUUGAUUUUAUUAGAGUAGUGUAAAUAGUCGAAGUUAAGGAGUUGUGGGAAGCUACAAACCCUAACCCUCCUUAUCGAUUUAACUUCAACUCGAUCGACAACCACGAUCAGUGCUCUUUCCUAACUCACCUUCUACAUUUCAACAACUCCCAACCACAUUUCAUGAGUCCCUUUUAAAUUACAGCAAAGAUCAAUAAUGCGCCGCUCAAUUCUCUCACCCCUCUUACGCCGGCAUAGUCCGCGCCUCACCAAGCUCACCCUCUCUCCUCUCCCAUCGAUUCAACCCAUCCAACACGUCCAACCACUCCUCCACCACACCACCGCCCCCUACUCCUCCAAACCCAUCAAACCCAUCAACCCCGAAACCUACCUCCACGCCGCCCGCAAAAAACUCUGGAAACACCGAACCGUCAUCGACGAUACCCUCUCCCCCACCCCCUCCCACCUCCUCACCCUCUCCCUCGCAGACCACGUCCCAGCCCUCUUCCCCCCGGACCAGCUCUCACAAGACCACCCUUCAACAGAACCCUUCAACAACCACCGCCGCCAGAUUCCAUACCUCCCGCAGGGCCACCACCUCGUCUACUUCCCGCUGCAGGUCCCCCCAUCCCGCCUCAUGCGCGACGGCACCGACCGGGCCCACUGGCCCGGCGGGCCGUUCAAUCGCCGCAUGUGGGCCGGCGGCGAGGUCGUGUUCCGCGACGGAUGGGAGAGAGUGCUGACGCUGAAUGGGCGGGUGGUGAUGUGUGUGGAGAAGGCGAAUGAGCCGGUUAUGAAGGGGGCGGUGGGGGAUGAGAAGGUUUUUGUGGAGAUUACGAGGGACUAUGGAACGCAGGGUGGGGGGGGGAAGACUGCGGUGGAGGAGGUGAGGCGGUUGGUUUUUAUGAGGGAGAGGGAGAGGGUGGAGGGGGUGGUGGAGGAAAGGAGGGUUGUUAGAGCCCCUGCUACUCCCGAGUUUACCUUCUCUCUACGCCCUGACGCCAGGCUGCUCUUCCACUUCAGCGCGCUCACCUACAACGCCCACUCCAUCCACAUCGACCCGGACUAUGCCCGCAACCGGGAGGGCUACAAGGGCCUGCUCGUCCACGGGCCGCUGACCCUGGUGCUCAUGCUCUCGGCGCUGCGCGCGUGUUUGGCUAAGCUAUCCGGGCAGCCCCCGCCGGACACCUGGCUAAACGAGCAGCCCAUGUCUUACGUCAAGUCCCUUAGUUACCGCAACCUCGCCCCGCUGUACGUGGACGAGGAGAUGAAGGUGUGCCUGCGCAGGACCAAGACAGAAGCCGACCAGAUCAAGUGGGACGUGUGGAUCGAGGGGCCCGAGGGUGGGCUGGCUGUGAAGGCGAGUGCCGUCACAACUGGUCUUGUCUAGGCAGCGGUAGUGGUUGGUGGGAUGCCCUGAGGCCUAGGCAUGCAUAAUCGGACUGGAAAGAAAAGGCAUGACGGCUGUGUUAUAUUGUGGCAACAGUGGUUGAAACCAUCAACGUGGGCUGGAGACUUCAUUCUACAUUAGAGAUACCCCAUCUGGUCUCAACAAGCAUCGUUUAUAUACUCGCACCUUUUCAUUUACCUCAUUGGGUCUUACCUACCUGGUUGGGCGUCUUAUCAACGAGGAACUCUAGUGACUAUCCGUACGCAGCACUUUGAAGCCGU